AUGGGUAUCCUCAGAACCGAAAAGUUUGAUUUGUUCACUGCUGCUGCUGUUUGCACCUUUGGCAGUUGUGAAAGAGGGAGGGAUGAACAUGGAAACAGGCACAUUCAUACAUGGAAUGAUGGUUCCAAUGAGAGCCUUUUCCAGUUGAAAGAAUCAUUUAAAACACAAAAUAAAUGUAGACAGAAACAAAGUGGCUUCAAUGCAAUUAUUUUUCACAAUGCAUUCUCUCUAUGUUUCUUUCUCUUUAUUAUAUAUUAUGUGCUUCUUUUAAACUUUCCCCUUCUUUCAUUAGCUUUAUUCUCCUCCUUCUCAUCUAACUUUUUCUUUUUUCCCUCACUUUCUUUUAUUUUAUUGACUUUCUUUUAUCACUGUUUUCUCUCAACAUUUUAUGCUUCUUUUUCAUUCUUUCUUUACUUCUUCCUUAUUCUUUCUUUCUGUUUCUAUCUCACUAUCUUAUCUCUCUUUUUCUUUCUUUCUUAUUCUUUGUUUUUUCUUUCGUUAUCACUUUUCUAUCUCAUCUUAUUCCUCCUUUUUUUCUUUCUUUCUUUCUUUCUCAUCAUCUUAUCCCUACUUUUUCUUUCUAUCAUUUUGUUAAUUCUUCCCUUAUUAAUUUUACAUUUUUUUCUUUCUACUUUCACCCUCCUUCUAUUCUUUCAUUUCCCUCUUUUUCUUACUCAUUAUUUUUUUUAUUUUUUAUUUACCGGUUAUUGCUUCUUUUUUUUUCUCUCUCUCUCUCUGUUUUGA